UCCCUUCCUCGCGCGGCUCGGGAGCUCAGCUCAGCUCAGCGCAGCGCGGCGCAGCUCCGCAGCCGCCAAGGCGAGACCGGCAAGGUCUCCCGGUUGCCAGCGCCGGCUCCGAGCUCCCGCUCCUCGCCCGGGCUGCGCCGGGUCUCGCUUCUACGGGGACCCUCGGGCAGGCGUCGCGUGGCGAGGGCCGGCGGCAGUCGCACAAAGUUGAGCGCCCGCGAGGAUGAGGCUGGCCCCAGCGCCCCUGAGGCUAAGUCGGAGUCCAGCGCUGCUGGCCCUGGCGCUGCCCCUGGCCGCGGCGCUGGCCUUCUCCGACGAGACCCUGGACAAAGUGCCCAAGUCGGAGGGCUACUGCAGCCGCAUCCUGCGCGCCCAGGGCACGCGGCGCGAGGGCUACACCGAGUUCAGCCUCCGCGUGGAGGGCGACCCCGACUUCUACAAGCCGGGAACCAGCUACCGAGUAACGCUUUCAGCUGCCCCUCCCUCCUACUUCAGAGGAUUCACAUUAAUUGCCCUCAAAGAGAACAGAGAGGGAGAUAAGGAAGAAGACCAUGCUGGGACCUUCCAGAUCAUAGAUGAAGAAGAAACACAGUUUAUGAGUAACUGCCCUGUUGCGGUCACGGAAAGCACCCCACGGAGGAGGACACGGAUUCAGGUGUUCUGGAUAGCGCCCCCAGCAGGAACAGGCUGUGUGAUUCUCAAGGCCAGCAUCGUACAGAAACGCAUCAUUUAUUUCCAAGAUGAGGGCUCUCUGACCAAGAAGCUUUGUGAACAAGAUUCCAUGUUUGACGGGGUAACUGACAAACCCAUCUUAGAUUGCUGUGCCUGUGGAACUGCCAAGUACAGACUCACAUUUUAUGGGAAUUGGUCCGAGAAGACGCACCCAAAGGAUUACCCUCGUCGGGCCAAUCACUGGUCUGCAAUCAUUGGUGGAUCCCACUCCAAGAACUACGUGCUGUGGGAGUACGGAGGCUACGCCAGCGAAGGUGUCAAACAGGUUGCAGAAUUGGGCUCACCCGUGAAAAUGGAAGAAGAAAUUCGGCAACAGAGUGAUGAGGUCCUCACUGUCAUCAAAGCCAAAGCGCAGUGGCCAGCCUGGCAGCCUCUCAACGUGAGAGCUGCACCCUCGGCCGAGUUCUCUGUGGACAGGACACGCCACUUGAUGUCCUUCCUGACCAUGAUGGGCCCCAGCCCCGACUGGAACGUGGGCCUGUCUGCGGAGGAUCUGUGCACCAAGGAGUGCGGCUGGGUCCAGAAGGUGGUGCAGGACCUGAUCCCCUGGGACGCGGGCACUGACAGCGGGGUGACCUAUGAGUCACCCAACAAGCCCACAAUUCCCCAGGAGAAAAUCCGGCCCUUGACCAGUCUGGACCAUCCUCAGAGUCCUUUUUAUGAUCCAGAGGGCGGGUCCAUCACUCAAGUGGCCAGAGUUGUCAUCGAGAGAAUCGCCCGGAAGGGGGAACAAUGCAACAUUGUGCCUGAUAAUGUCGAUGAUAUUGUAGCAGAUUUGGCUCCAGAAGAGAAAGAUGAAGAUGACACCCCUGAAACCUGCAUCUACUCCAACUGGUCCCCGUGGUCUGCCUGUAGCUCCUCCACCUGCGACAAAGGCAAGAGGAUGCGGCAGCGCAUGCUGAAGGCGCAGCUGGACCUCAGUGUCCCCUGCCCAGAUACCCAGGACUUCCAGCCCUGCAUGGGCCCGGGCUGCAGUGAUGAAGACGGCUCCACCUGCACCAUGUCCGAGUGGAUCACCUGGUCACCCUGCAGCAUCUCCUGCGGCACGGGCAUGCGGUCCCGGGAGCGGUAUGUGAAGCAGUUCCCUGAGGACGGCUCUGUGUGCACACUGCCCACCGAGGAGACGGAGAAGUGCACAGUCAAUGAGGAAUGCUCUCCCAGCAGCUGCCUGAUGACCGAGUGGGGCGAGUGGGAAGAGUGCAGCGCCACCUGCGGGAUGGGCAUGAAGAAGCGGCACCGCAUGGUCAAGAUGAGCCCGGCAGACGGCUCCAUGUGCAAGGCUGAGACAUCCCAGGCGGAGAAGUGCAUGAUGCCCGAGUGUCAUACCAUCCCGUGCUUGCUGUCCCCGUGGUCUGAGUGGAGUGACUGCAGCGUGACCUGCGGGAAGGGCAUGCGGACCCGCCAGCGGAUGCUCAAGUCUCUGGCCGAACUCGGGGACUGCAAUGAGGAGCUGGAGCAGGUGGAAAAGUGCAUGCUGCCCGAAUGCCCCAUCGACUGCGAGCUCACCGAGUGGUCCCAAUGGUCAGAAUGUAACAAGUCCUGUGGGAAAGGCCACAUGAUUCGAACCCGGAUGAUCCAAAUGGAGCCUCAGUUUGGAGGUGCACCCUGCCCAGAGACUGUACAGCGGAAAAAGUGCCGCGUCCGGAAAUGCCUGAAAAAUCCUUCCAUCCAGAAGCUGCGCUGGAGGGAGGCCCGAGAGAGCCGGAGGAGUGAGCAGCUGCGGGAGGAGUCCGAUGGCGAGCCGUUUCCAGGCUGCAGGAUGCGCCCGUGGACAGCCUGGUCGGAAUGCACUAAACUGUGUGGCGGCGGCAUCCAGGAACGCUACAUGACCGUCAAGAAGAGGUUCAAAAGCUCCCAGUUUAGCAGCUGCAAGGACAAGAAGGAGAUCAGAGCGUGCAAUGUGCACCCUUGUUAGCCAGGGUGUAAGUGGUCCAGGGCUGCACCCUAGAUUCGUACAGUCGCCAAUGGCUGGAGUGUCUGUCUGCUUGUUGUUUAAGGCAAUUUAAAUUGUAUAUGCUAGUGUUCAUUUCUGCAGUCCGGUUCGCCCAGUAGUCUUGUGGAGGCCGGGGCCAUCCUUUCUGUCCACAGCUUGGUAGGCACAGGCUGCGUGGGGCGCCCUCCUCCA